AACAAAAGUAAAACGAUAAAUCAAACAGAUCUUAAUAAAAUUCAUACAAAACUGAACGGGGCAAUACUUCCUUUGUCUUCUCCGAUCAAACAUCAAAUGGUUUCGUUGCCAGUGAAGCCACUCUUCGUCGUCGUUUUGACCUUUUCUCUCCUCCUCGCCGUGAUCUUGCUAUCUCCGUCGCCUCAGUUCGUGAACACUCCACUCUCCUCGGUUUCUCUGCUUGAUUAUGAUAUAUGGAGUGUCAAGAGGAUAGCAGAGUGGCGUCCUUGCAAAUGGUGGUUACAUGGACAUCUCACUCCUCUACCUGCUAAAAGCAGUGGAUUCAUCCGCAUUGAUUGCUUUGGUGGCCUCAAUCAGAUGAGACGCGAUUUGUGUGAUGGUGUUGGAAUCACUCGUCUAUUAAAUGCCACGCUUGUUUUACCCAAAUUUGAGGUAGCUGCCUAUUGGAAUGAGUCAAGUGGAUUUGGAGAUGUGUUUGAUGUAGACUACUUUAUUCAAAAGAUGAAUGGCUUUAUCAAAGUUGUCAAGGAUCUUCCCACAGAUAUAUCAUCAAAAGAGCCAUUCAGAGUAGACUGCAGCAAAAGGAAAGGUCAAUUCGAUUACAGAGAAACCAUUCUCCCACUAUUACUAGAACAUCAUUACAUCUCUCUAACACCUGCAAUGAGCCAGCGCAGAGACAGGUAUCCCCAAUACGCAAAAGCCACCCUCUGCCAAGCUUGUUACUCAGCUCUACGCCUCACUACCUCCUUGGAGAAGAAGGCCCUCGAGCUUUUAGAUGCCAUACCCAAACCUUUUCUAUCACUUCACCUCAGAUUCGAGCCUGAUAUGGUAGCAUACAGCCGAUGCGAAUACCCGAACCUAUCCCCUUCCUCACUUGCUGCUAUUAAAGCUGCCGGAGGAGAAGACAAAAAACCAUGGACAGGAGAGAUAGCUCAGAGCUGGAGAAAGCGAGGCAAGUGUCCUCUGACUCCUAACGAAACAGCGUUGAUGCUUCAGUCACUAAGAAUCCCAACGACCACAAACAUAUACUUAGCAGCUGGAGACGGUCUGCUGGAGAUGGAAGGUUUCACAUCGGUUUAUACAAAGGUGUUCACAAAGUCUGAUCUUCUAAACCGUGAAGAUUUCACGAGAAUGCAUGGUAACACAAAAGCUGCGUUGGAUUAUUACGUUUCCAUCAGCAGCGACGCCUAUGUAGCUACUUACUUUGGAAACAUGGAUAAGAUGGUUGCAGCCAUGCGAGCUUAUAAAGGGAUGCAUAAGACUCUGUUCUUGAGUAGAAAGGCGUUUGCAGAGCUGACUUCUCAGGGACUUGAAGAGGAAGAGCUGAAGAAAGCUCUUUGGGAGGUUCAUAGGAAUGAUUUUGAAAUUGGCAGAGGAUCUGCAUUGCCCGACUGUUUCUGUGAGUUCAAGCUGUAAUUUACAGACACAAGUUAUAGUUUUUUUUUUUUUUUGACACUGAGUGGAAGUCACAGACAAGAAUACUGUCACAAAAACUAUAUAAAUUUAUAA